AUGGGCCUGCUGCAGUCCGAAAACACCAGGAUGAACGGCGAAAUGUCGACCGCUACCAAACGAAAGCGAGAAGACGAAGCACAUCGCCCAGAUCUCAACACCAAGCGAAAGAAACUGCUUGAAACUAGACGACAGCUCCCAAUAUGGAGUCGACAGAAAGACAUCCGAGCCGCCGUGCGAGAGCACGAUGUGCUUGUACUUUCUGGCGAGACUGGAUCCGGUAAAUCGACCCAGGUACCGCAAUUCCUCCUGGACAUGUUUAAGAAUGGGAAGAUUGCCGUCACGCAGCCGCGACGAGUAGCUGCGAUUAGUCUGGCAAGGCGUGUAGCCGACGAGAUGGGCACGCCAUGUGGCUCUUCCUCCCCAGCAUCAAAGGUUGGCUAUAGCGUGCGUUUCGACCAGUCAACGUCGCCCAGCACUCGCAUCAAGUUCCUUACAGAGGGCAUGCUUCUGCAAGAAAUGCUGCGAGAUCCUCAGAUGUCCCAGUACAGCUGUGUCAUUGUUGAUGAGGUUCACGAAAGGUCCGUCAAUGUUGACCUCCUACUUGGCUUUCUCAAACAGCUACUGGCAGAACGAAGACAGAGCAAGAAUCCUCUUAAGCUUAUCGUCAUGAGUGCUACUGCGGACAUUGAAAUGAUCUCAAAUUUCUUCUCGAAAGCACAUCCAAUUUCCAGAGGUCAUACGAGUGCUGACACUGACGCGGACGAGGUGAGCUCUGAAGCAUCAUGGCAGGGCUUUUCAGACGAUGAGGCGGACGGUGCUGUUAGUCCCGACAACAAAGUCUCCAUAUGCCAUGUAGAAGGCCGGCAGUAUCCAGUCAAGACUACCUAUCUAGCACAGCCGACAGAAGAUGUCAUCGACACAGCACUUCAACGCAUCUUCAAGAUCCAUUGCGGUGAGCCCAUGCCAGGAGACAUCCUCGUCUUCAUGACAGGACAGGAAACCAUUCAAAGUCUGCAGAAACUUCUUGAGGAGCUCGCGGAGAACCUCACUCGCGACUAUCCAAAGCUGCUUGUAUUGCCACUGUUCGCAGCAUUAUCUCAGCCGGCUCAGCAGCGCAUAUUCGAGCCUGCUCCGCCAAACACCCGGAAGGUCAUUCUCUCCACCAACAUUGCUGAGACCUCAGUCACAGUUCCUGGAGUCCGCUUCGUGGUCGAUACUGGCAAGGCAAAGAUCAAGAAGUUCCGGAAUCAAAUUGGGUUGGACUCGCUGCUUGUCAAGCCGAUCUCACAGUCAUCGGCAGAUCAGCGAAGGGGUCGUGCAGGGCGUGAGACCGCUGGGCAGUGUCACCGACUGUACACUGAAGACGGCUUCCAGGCUUUCGAGAAAGAUAACACGCCAGAGAUCUUGAGGUGUGACUUAAGCGAGGCGCUGCUGAAGAUGAAGGCAAGAGGUGUUGACGAUGUCCUCAACUUUCCUUUCCUGACACCGCCACCUCGAGAGGCUAUGGAGAAAGCAUUGAUGCAGCUGCUACAGCUGGGAGCACUGGAGGAGGACGGCAAGAUCAGCAAGAUUGGUCAACAAGUCGCUCGCUUGCCUCUUACGCCGUCUCUUGGGCGGGUGAUUGUAGAAGCAGCAACCCUCGAGUGCCUUGCCGAGGUCAUCGACAUCGUCGCCUGCUUGAGUGUAGAGAGUGUCUUUCUCAAUGUCGAUACCGAGGAGGCGAAGGAGAAGGCGCAGGAAGCUAGACAAAGACUGUUCCGCAGACAAGGCGACCACUUGACUCUGCUAGCUGCUGUGCAGGCGUACGCUUCGGAGUCAUCAGACCGACGCAGAUGGGCAGACGACCACCUCAUCUCGCACCGUGCGAUGAAGGGUGCAAUGGACGUGAGGAAGCAGCUUCGUGCGCAGUGCAAGAUGGCCAAUCUGUUUCCUGAUGACUCCGGCCCGGAGUCUGACAACGAGCCACCAUCCGAGGCGAAGUCCGACGAUAUACUCAAGGCGUUUGUGCGCGGCUUCAUGAAUAAUGUUGCUAGGUUGUGUCCGGAUGGCAGCUACAAGACGUUCAUCGGCAAUCAGACGGUGGCGAUACAUCCGAGCAGUGUGCUAUUCGGGCGGAAGGUGGAGGCGAUUAUGUAUAAUGAGUUUGUGUACACGAGCAAGGCGUAUGCGAGAGGGGUGAGUGCGAUACAGCUUAGAUGGCUGGAGGAGGUGUUGGGAUCAUGA